AGUAUUUGACAGAUGUCAGGUGAAAAUAUUUCAAUUGAAACUUUAGCUUAUCAGAAUUUUUGUUGUUAGUAAUUAACUAACAUUUUAUUAAGUUAUUUAUUCACUACAAAUUUAACUACUUAAAACUUUGCGAUAUUCUUAUAUUUUGAAAUGUCGCAAACAGUACCAUUACUUUUUGACGACGACGUUGAAACUGGGGGUAAAGAAAAUGAUAUCGAAAAUGACUUUGCGUACAGAAAUAAUGUACAAAAUGCAACCAAGGCAAUUCGAUUAGGAUUUAUUAGAAAAGUAUAUGGGCUAUUAACUAUGCAAUUAGUGUUGACAGUAGUUAUAGCUAGUAUUUUUAUGUUUACGCCACAAAUAAAGGAGUAUGUGCAUUCUAACGACUGGAUGAUGCUUGUAUCCUUUAUUUUAAGUAUAGGACUACUUAUUGGCCUACACAUUAAACGAAGAGAGUCUCCUACUAAUUUAAUCUUACUGGCUGGAUUCACUGUUGUUCAGGCUUAUACCGUUGGGGUUGUAGUUACUUAUUACUCUCAGGCUGUGGUUAUACAAGCACUCGUGCUAACAUUGGUUGUUUUGGGCGGAUUAACUGCAUACACAUUCCAAACUAAACAUGAUUUUUCUGCAAUGCACUCAGGAUUGUUUGCUGGACUCUGUAUAUUGAUAGUAGGAGGAUUUAUGCAAGUAUUUCUCCAGUCAUCAAUAUUUGAAAUUAUUUUAUCUUUUGGUGGAGCACUGGUAUUUUGUUUAUUUAUUGUUUUUGACACUCAAAUGAUUAUUCAAAAUUUAUCUGCUGAAGAAUAUAUUUUAGCAACCAUAACCCUUUAUUUAGAUAUAAUAAAUUUAUUUAUAUAUAUAUUACGUAUUCUUCAACAAGUAAAUAACCAAUAAAAUAUUUGUUUUUAUGUAUGUACGAAGUUUUCAAUAAUUAAAAACCAAAAUUUUGUUUGUAUUAUUG